GAUGGCGGCCCAGGUGACGCUGGAGGACGCGCUGUCCAAUGUGGACCUCCUGGAGGAGCUGCCCCUGCCCGACCAGCAGCCCUGUAUCGAGCCUCCACCAUCCUCGCUGCUGUACCAGCCAAACUUCAACACUAACUUUGAAGACAGAAAUGCGUUUGUCACGGGCAUUGCACGCUAUAUUGAACAGGCGACCGUCCACUCCAGCAUGAAUGAGAUGCUGGAGGAGGGCCAGGAGUACGCCGUCAUGCUGUACACCUGGAGGAGCUGUUCUCGAGCCAUCCCGCAGGUGAAAUGUAACGAGCAGCCCAACAGAGUGGAAAUUUAUGAGAAGACUGUGGAGGUUCUGGAGCCUGAGGUCACAAAGCUGAUGAACUUCAUGUACUUUCAGAGAAACGCCAUCGAGCGCUUCUGUGGGGAGGUGAGGCGCCUGUGCCACGCCGAGCGGAGGAAGGACUUCGUGUCGGAAGCCUACCUGAUCACGCUGGGCAAGUUCAUCAACAUGUUCGCCGUGUUGGAUGAGCUGAAGAACAUGAAGUGCAGCGUGAAGAAUGACCACUCUGCGUACAAGAGGGCCGCUCAGUUCCUACGUAAAAUGGCAGAUCCUCAGUCCAUCCAGGAGUCGCAGAACCUGUCCAUGUUCCUGGCCAACCACAACAAGAUCACGCAGUCCCUGCAGCAGCAGCUCGAGGUCAUUUCUGGCUACGAGGAGCUCUUGGCAGACAUCGUGAACCUGUGCGUGGACUGCUACGAGAACAGGAUGUACCUGACGCCCAGCGAGAAGCACAUGCUGCUCAAAGUCAUGGGAUUUGGUCUCUACCUGAUGGACGGGAGUGUGAGUAACAUCUAUAAACUAGAUGCCAAGAAGAGAAUCAACUUAUCCAAAAUUGACAAGUACUUCAAGCAGCUGCAGGUGGUUCCGCUCUUUGGGGACAUGCAAAUAGAACUGGCACGAUACAUCAAGACCAGUGCCCACUACGAGGAAAAUAAGUCUCGGUGGACCUGCACGUCCUCCAGCAGCAGCCCGCAGUACAACAUCUGUGAGCAGAUGAUCCAGAUCCGAGAGGACCACAUGCGCUUCAUCUCGGAGCUGGCGCGCUACAGCAACAGCGAGGUGGUGACAGGCUCAGGGCGCCAGGACGCUCAGAAGACAGACGUGGAGUACAGGAAGCUGUUCGACCUGGCGCUGCAGGGCCUGCAGCUGCUGUCCCAGUGGAGCGCGCACGUGAUGGAAGUGUACUCCUGGAAGCUUGUGCACCCAACCGACAAGUACUCGAACAAGGACUGCCCUGACAACGCGGAGGAGUAUGAGCGUGCCACCCGCUACAACUACACCAGUGAGGAGAAGUUCGCCCUGGUGGAGGUGAUCGCCAUGAUCAAAGGCCUGCAGGUGCUGAUGGGCAGGAUGGAGAGUGUGUUCAACCACGCCAUCCGGCACACGGUCUACGCCGCCCUGCAGGACUUCUCCCAGGUGACCCUCAGGGAGCCGCUGAGGCAGGCCAUCAGGAAGAAGAAGAACGUCAUCCAGAGUGUCCUGCAGGCCAUCAGGAAGACUGUGUGUGACUGGGAGACUGGACACGAGCCCUUCAAUGACCCUGCUCUUCGGGGAGAGAAAGACCCCAAGAGUGGCUUCGACAUUAAAGUGCCGCGCCGCGCCGUGGGACCCUCGAGCACGCAGCUUUACAUGGUGAGAACCAUGCUAGAGUCCCUCAUUGCAGAUAAAAGUGGUUCCAAGAAAACCCUGAGAAGUAGCCUUGAGGGGCCCACCAUAAUGGACAUAGAAAAAUUUCAUCGAGAGUCAUUCUUCUACACUCAAUUGAUAAAUUUCAGUGAAACUCUGCAGCAGUGCUGUGACCUUUCCCAGCUGUGGUUCCGGGAGUUUUUCCUGGAACUGACCAUGGGCAGGAGGAUCCAGUUUCCCAUCGAGAUGUCCAUGCCCUGGAUCCUGACCGACCACAUCCUGGAGACUAAGGAGGCCUCGAUGAUGGAGUACGUGCUCUACUCCCUGGACCUGUACAACGACAGCGCCCACUAUGCGCUCACCAGGUUCAACAAGCAGUUUCUCUACGAUGAGAUCGAGGCAGAGGUGAAUCUGUGUUUUGACCAGUUUGUUUAUAAGCUUGCAGACCAGAUAUUUGCAUAUUAUAAGGUUAUGGCUGGAAGUUUGCUUCUUGAUAAACGGUUACGAUCGGAAUGCAAGAACCAGGGAGCCACCAUCCACCUGCCGCCGUCCAACCGCUACGAGACGCUGCUGAAGCAGAGGCACAUUCAGCUCCUGGGCAGGUCGAUAGACCUCAACCGCCUGAUCACACAGCGCGUGUCAGCAGCCAUGUAUAAGUCCCUGGAACUGGCGAUUGGACGAUUUGAAAGUGAAGACUUGACAUCAAUAGUUGAGCUGGAUGGCCUCUUGGAGAUCAACCGUAUGACCCACAAGCUGCUGAGUAGGUACCUGACGCUGGACAGCUUCGACGCCAUGUUUCGGGAAGCCAACCACAACGUGUCGGCACCCUAUGGGAGAAUCACCCUCCACGUCUUCUGGGAGCUCAACUACGACUUCCUGCCCAACUACUGCUACAAUGGUUCCACCAACCGGUUUGUUCGGACAGUAUUGCCAUUUUCCCAGGAAUUCCAAAGAGAUAAACAACCUAAUGCACAACCCCAGUAUUUACAUGGAUCCAAGGCUCUGAACCUGGCCUACUCCAGCAUCUAUGGCAGCUACCGGAACUUCGUGGGGCCACCUCACUUUCAAGUCAUCUGCCGGCUGCUCGGCUAUCAGGGCAUCGCCGUGGUCAUGGAGGAGCUUCUGAAGGUUGUCAAGAGCCUGCUCCAGGGCACGAUCCUGCAGUACGUGAAGACGCUGAUGGAGGUGAUGCCCAAGAUCUGCCGCCUGCCCCGCCAUGAGUACGGCUCUCCCGGCAUCUUGGAAUUCUUCCAUCACCAGCUGAAGGACAUCGUGGAGUACGCGGAGCUGAAGACUGUGUGCUUCCAGAACCUGCGGGAGGUGGGCAAUGCAGUGCUCUUCUGUUUGCUGAUCGAGCAGAGCCUGUCUUUAGAAGAAGUAUGUGACCUGCUGCAUGCGGCCCCUUUCCAGAAUAUCCUGCCACGAGUCCACGUGAAAGAGGGGGAGAGGCUCGAUGCCAAGAUGAAGAGGCUGGAAGCCAAGUACGCCCCACUGCAUCUGGUCCCACUCAUCGAGAGGCUGGGGACCCCACAGCAAAUUGCAAUUGCAAGGGAAGGGGACUUGCUGACGAAAGAGCGCCUCUGCUGUGGCCUGUCUAUGUUCGAGGUCAUCUUGACACGGAUCCGGACCUUCCUGGACGACCCCAUCUGGCGUGGGCCUCUGCCCAGCAAUGGGGUCAUGCAUGUGGAUGAGUGUGUGGAGUUCCACAGGCUGUGGAGUGCCAUGCAGUUUGUUUACUGCAUUCCCGUGGGGACACAUGAGUUCACGGUAGAGCAGUGUUUUGGCGAUGGGCUGCACUGGGCCGGCUGCAUGAUCAUUGUGCUGCUUGGGCAGCAGCGGCGCUUUGCGGUGCUGGAUUUCUGCUACCACCUCCUCAAAGUGCAGAAGCAUGAUGGAAAGGAUGAGAUUAUCAAAAAUGUGCCUUUGAAGAAGAUGGUGGAGAGGAUUCGCAAGUUCCAGAUCCUCAAUGAUGAGAUCAUCACCAUCCUGGACAAGUACCUGAAGUCGGGCGAUGGGGAAAGCACCCCGGUGGAGCAUGUGCGCUGCUUCCAGCCACCCAUCCACCAGUCUCUGGCCAGCAGCUGAGGUGCAGGGCGGCCGCCAACACGGCAGCUCCCAGUGCAGUUCUCGCUGUAAGUGCCUAGCGAGAUUUUUAGGGACUAUUUUUCAGUACCUCUACACUUGUUCAAGGGGGGGGUACCUUUUGAUCUAAAAGCUUAAUUUUAUAAAAUUGACUUAUUUUUCUAGACUAAAAUUGUAUAUGCUUUUGGUAAUUAGGAAGUCGCCAUCAUGCUCUUACAGAACCACUUUCAGGUUUGCUGGAGUGUCCCAGCAGCUGGCCACGCAAUGUAACACUGCCUAGCUCAUUCAUUUUUCCCUUAAUAAACUUAGUAAUUGCUAAUUGUAUCAAAUCCUACCCCAAUUGCCAUUAAACUUCAUGACUAGUUAGCUGUAGUUUAGGGAGUUUUCUGGUGUUCUUUUAUGAACAAUCUUUUCUAAGUCAUUCUCCUUUUUUUGUGCUGGUGUUUUGAAAGAUAGUGAACUCGAUUCUUCAGUUUCCACUAAAUCCAAAUAUGAAAUCUAGGAGUACAGCUUAGAGAAAUAAAACUAAUGAAAUCUA